AUGGUGUGCACGUCGUACAUGACCGUCGUCGCAGUGCUGGCUGUCCUCGCUACAGACGCUGUGGACGCUACCCUGCCCGGCGUAUGCUACGCGCCUUGGCAUCACGACACCGUGACUAGCGACGUGCUGGCCACCGACAUGGCCCAGAUCGCCGAGUAUUUCACGGCAUUCCGAUCUUUCCAGGCGCAAUACAGCGGUAUUAACGUCAUUGAGACGGCGGCCAACGCAGGUCUCAAAGUGGCCGUGGGUGUACAGCUCACGGACUCGUCGGCCAUUGCCUCAGAGAUCCAGGCCGACCUGGUUAGCGGAGACUAUGGCUCUUUCAGCGCCGACACCCUAGCCGGCUACAUUUCGCAAGUUAAGGAAUGCACGAGCAAUGCUGUGCCCGUCGGCUCCGUGCAGCGCAUCAACGAGUGGCUGAAUGCAGAUGACGCCUCCACGCUGGCGGCCGCUUGCGAUGUCAUCGGCGUUAACAUCUACCCGUUCUUCACCCAGGGCGACAGUACGUCGGUGUCCAAGCUCGAGACCCAGUGGGCCCAGAUGCUGGCGGCUGGAUACGACGAGAGCACAAUGCAUGUGACCGAAACAGGCUGGCCGUACGAGGGCGACGACUACGAGGGCAACUCGCCAUCGUACGAUGGCAUGCAGCAGUACCUGGAUGACUGGGCCACCUGGUCCUCCAGCGUGCAGUCGAGCUACUGGUUCAUGAUGUACGACACCACCACGAGCUAUACGGGCGCCAACUACGAGACACACUUCGGUAUCUUCGGCGACGACAUGGUCGCUCACGUGACCAUCCCGGGCGGCAAUACUAACUCCACCACGACGUCAACGACCGCUUCCACUAGCGAGGACACCACGCAGCAGACAGCGCAGAGCUCGACAUCGACCUCGGAAGACUCGACUCAGCAGACUACCCAGAGCUCGGCCACGGAUGAUUCAACCCAGCAAACUACGUCGUACGCCGACGAUUCGGCCACGGAGGAGGCCACUUCCGCACCGACCACUACGACGUCAGGCGAUACCCUCGCCUCGGAGGAAGAGGACACGACGGUCGCGACUACAGACAGCCCUGCCGUGACUCCGGCGGUUACGACUGCCACGACGACGACCGCCAAUUGCGCGAUGUAA